UUAAGGUCAAAAAAGUUACAUAUAGUUUGAGAGAGAGCGAGAGAGAGAGACUUUAGCACAAAUCAAUACACUUUCACUUAGCAUUGUUAAUAAUUUGUCCUUAGCCGGUCAACCACAAACAAAAAUUGUAGACGACUUAAUCUUACACGCCUUUACUCCAUCAUAGUUUGUAUUUUAGAUUUUGUCUUAUUUGACUGCAUUUUUGUUUCAUGUUGAGGUUUGAUCAAUUUUAAACUUGCUGCAAGAUUCAUUCUUUACUUUUCGCAAAACUUGCUGCUGUGUUCUCCUUUGUUCUUCACCAGACAGACAUUGAUUUCAUGCAUUUCAGCACAAAAACUAUAAAUUCAUAGAUUUCUGAAACUUUCCUAACCUGUAGACCUAUACUCCAUCACAUUUUACGUUUUAAUCCUUUAAUUACCUAUCGGUAUUAUUUUGAGGUUUAAUUGAUUUUAAAUGUCUGCUGUUUUAUUCACGACUAAAACUUUCUUAACAUUUACGCCCAAACUCCAUCAAAGUUUGCAUUAGGAUUUUUGUCCCCUUUAAUUGUAUUUUUUCCAUGUUAAGGUUUGAUUGAUUUUAAAUGUCUUUUGCUUUAUUCACUUUUUAGUCAAUAUUUUAAAAAAUCAUGAAGUUGUGUUCGAAAUUUGUCCUUAACCAGGCAGCUAUUUAUUUCCAUGCAUUUUCAGCACAAAAACACUAAAUUCACAGACCUCUGAAACUUUCUUAAUUUGUAGGCCAACAGUUUACAUUCAAAUGGUUGGCACCUUUAAUUCCAUUUUUGUCGGGGGUUGAGGUUUAAAGUUCUUAUUGAGUUUAAAUGUCAGCUGCUCUUCCAUGUAAGGCCGAUUCAAAGUGAUGUCUUCAUUGACAUGAUGUGUGCUGGAGAGGUGAGGGUUAAAACCAUGUGGGUUGGGUGUGAUCCCAGUGAAUAGCGAGGCACCUGUCCCUGCUGUCAGGAGCUGAUGUUAGUCCGCCUGUUCAGGCUGCAGCAGCAGGACUUCCCACAGUCUCACGGCUCGGGUGCUCGCCGCAGAGGACGAUGGAGAGAGCCAAUCACAUCAACAUCGCAAUGAUAGAAGAUAUCGGCACCAACGGGACGGCCACUUCAAAGGGUGUCACAUGCACGGAGCAGAACAAGCAGCCGUGUGGAUCCACUGUGAGCUUCCACAACGUCCAGUACAAAGUGCAGCUGAGGAGCGGCUUCUGCAAAAAGACAAGCAGCCCCAAGGAAAUACUGGUGGACCUCAAUGGGAUAAUGAGACCCGGCCUGAACGCAAUUCUCGGACCUACUGGAAGUGGAAAAUCUUCAUUCUUGGAUAUUCUGGCAGCGAGGAAGGAUCCUUCGGGUCUCUCAGGAGAAGUUCUCAUCGACGGAGCUCCACAGCCUCCAAACUUCAAGUGCCUCUCAGGCUACGUGGUUCAGGAAGAUGUGGUCAUGGGGACCCUGACUGUGAGGGAGAACCUGCGUUUCUCUGCAGCUCUGCGUCUGCCCAGCGCUGUGCCGCAGGGGGAGAAGGAGGCUCGAGUCAAUCACCUCAUCAAAGAACUGGGUCUCACCAAAGUGGCCGACUCCAAGGUGGGCACACAGAUGAUCCGGGGAAUCUCAGGAGGAGAGAGGAAGAGGACGAACAUUGGUAUGGAACUCAUUAUCGAUCCCUCAGUUCUCUUCCUGGAUGAACCAACCACUGGACUGGAUGCUAGCACUGCCAACUCCGUGUUACUGUUGCUGAAAAGAAUGGCCAAUCACGGAAGAACCAUUAUUAUGUCGAUCCACCAACCUCGCUACUCCAUCUACAGACUGUUUGACACUCUGACUCUGCUGGUUAGUGGUAAAAUGGUUUAUCAUGGACCAGCUCCGAAUGCUUUGGACUACUUCGCCAACAUUGGUUAUCCCUGUGAGCCCCACAACAACCCAGCUGACUUCUUUCUGGAUGUUAUUAAUGGAGACUUUACUGGUGCAACCAUGACCAAAGUGCACGGCUCUGAAGAUUUGGACUUUGAGGAGCUCAGCAGCUCCACGCAGAGCAUCGAGAAGCACCUGAUAGAGGAGUACAGGAACUGCAGCUACUUCAGCGACACACAAGCCGAGCUGGAACGCAUCGUCCAGGACAAGGAGUACAUCUUACGUCCGAAGUCUCGCACCAUCACCUACAACAGCUCCUUCUUCCACCAGCUAAGAUGGGUGCUAAAGAGGACCUUCCAGAACCUCAUGUUGAACCCACAAACAUCUGUUGCCCAGCUGGGAGUCAACAUUUUCCUCGCCCUCAUCGUCGGAGCCAUUUUCUUCGGAAUCAAAGACGAUCAGAGCGGGAUCCAGAACAGGAUGGGCGCCCUCUUCUUCAUCACCACAAACCAGUGUUUCAGCACCGUGUCUGCAGCUGAGCUCUUCAUCGUUGAGAGGCAACUGUUUGUACACGAGUACAUCAGUGGUUACUACAGAGUGUCUGUCUACUUCCUGUCAAAGAUCCUGUCUGACAUCACCCUGCGCACCUUCACCUCUGUUAUCUUCAGCUGUAUUGUUUAUUUUCUGAUCGGGCUCAAAUCUACCGUCUCUGCCUUUUUCAUCUUCACGCUGACCGUCACCCUGGUGGCCUACACAGCCACAGCCAUGACCAUGGCCAUCUCGGCCGACCAGAGCGUCGUGGCUCUCGCCAACAUCUUCAUGACCAUCACCUUUGUCUUCAUGAUGAUUUUCUCAGGUCUCCUGGUGAACCUGCCCAGCAUCAUGGAUUGGCUGGCAUGGCUGAAGUACUUCAGUAUUCCUCGCUACGGCCUCGCGGCCUUGAACAUCAAUGAGUUUGUUGGUUUAAAGUUCUGUGAGGAGGCCGUGAGACGAGACGCCAACAUGUCGGCUGGAGCGUCAAACUGCAGUAUGAGCACAGCCGCUCUCACGUGCACAGGAGAGCAGUAUCUGGACUACCUGGGGAUCGAGUACACCACCUGGGGCCUGUGGGAGAACCACACGGCUCUGACUGUUAUGUCCUUCGUAUUCCUCCUCAUCGCCUACCUGAAACUACGCUACAUCAAGAAAUUCACUUAGAAUGUUGAAGUCUGAAUAGUGAUUCAUUUUUGUCGUUGAGGAACCAGACCAGCAGAGAGUUAGAUGAGAUACCACAUAUCUGUACUCAGCACUAAGACUGGAAGCAGAGGGGUUUUCAGGUUGUAAUGAUUUGGGAUCCUUUUUGUAUCAUUUGGAAAUUUUCCCCGAAUGAAAAUGUCGCCUUUACUCUUCUUCUUUUCCACUGAGUGUUAUUGAGAUUGACAGAGGAUUGAGUUCAGUACAAGAUAGUGACUGAUAUUCAUAACAGAAAACAAAUAGGCUUGAACUUUUGCCUUUUUGAAAUAAUUUUUCUGUCCACUGUGAGAUAUAAGCCUUCUACCCACAUGUUAAGAUCACAGUAAUUACAGUUGUUUUAUAUUUCAGUAACCGUGGAUGUAAAACCAAUGAGCAAAGGAUUGUCUCAGGACUUGUCAAGCACUGGAAUUCAAAAUAUUAGGCGACUUUUAUGCCAGUUGGGUUUGAGGCUCUGAUUCAGUCCACUGUUGAUCCACUGUUGAUAUGAAAAUACCGAAUAGCUUUGAAGUACAGAUAUGAGUUUAUUGAUCUUUUCAUCUAACUCUCGGCAAGAAAGUGAUUGUAUUUCUGAAAAUGUCAAACUUAUUCCUGUAAAUGUGCCUUUGUCUUUCACAAAAACUGUUUCCACCAAGUUAACGUUUCAUCGCCUCAUUCACCUAAAACAGGUGCAAGCUUCUGUUAUUCCAGUGUUAUUCAAUGUGGUUAUUUAUGAAUAUUUACAGUUGUUGUAUUGUUUUGAAAAUCAGACUAUGCCUUUAUUCAGUACUUGUGUAUCUCAGUAGUGUUGAUAUAUUCAGCCUUUGCACAUUUACCAAAUUACACCAAAGUGAAUUCAUCUCCAGUCUAAAUGCAUUAUUUGUUAUUGUAGAUAUUGUAGAAUUAUAUCAGAUAGAUUUUCAGUGUUAACUUUCUUUAUUGUUCCAAAGUAAACAUCUAUACAUGUUUUAUUCAAUGCAGUAAUUAAACAGUGUUUUGUUGUCUUUCAGUAAUUCUGUUGAGAUUUAUGCAUUGUAAGUGUUAAGUAAAAAACUGAAAUGUAUUUAAAAACGUA